CCAUUCCCCGCCGCCCAUUCCCUCUCUUCUCCAUCUUCACACCCUCCCGACGUUCUUCUUCUCUGUUCUUCCGUUCAGGUACGAUUCUUCGUUAGCAAUCCUCUACUUAUUCGCAAUCAUGAACUCUUUCAAUAAUUAGAGAUAGUAGUUAUAUAAAGUAAAUUCUCGAGCUAGAAUCGACGGCCGAGAGACGAAUUCAACCUUUGUUUUGUAUACGAUUUUCAAAACAAUCAAAUGGGUAGGCUAGGAUCUACUGUAGAAAUUCCAGAAAGAAGACAUCGAUCUGAUCGAGAAAAUGGUACUCAUCGUUACUCUCCGGACUCCGAUGCUUCGCGUGGCGAUUACCGACGACGUCGUAGCCCUAGCUACGAAAGUUACGAUCGAUACAAUAAUCGUCGUCGAUCUGUUUCGCCUGGCUACGAGAAUGUUAGACGGAGCCCUAGGGCUGAUGGAGAUCAAAACGGUUUGCCCAAGAGAUUUGGGCGUGCUGGUGGCCGGGCGUAUCUUGAUAGGAAUGGGAGAGCGUCUGAUGAGUCGGAUUCGGAUGAGGAGUUGAAGGGGUUGAAUUAUGAGGAGUAUCGUAGGCUGAAGAGGCAGAAGCUUCGGAAGUCAUUGAAGCAUUGUAUUUGGAGAGUGACCCCUAGCCCACCGAGGAAUGGGAAUGAAGAGUAUGAGGAGAAAUAUGAUGACAUUUUGGAGAAAUAUGGCGGUGAUGGUGAUGGUGAUGGUGGAGAUAAAAGUGGGUUGAAUGAGAAAAAGCAACUUGAAGAGAAAUAUGUCUCUGAUAAAACUAAGAAUUCUGAUUCUGACUCUGAUUCUGAAUUAUCUGAUAGAAAAACGGAAAGGAGGAAAUCGAAGAGUUCAGGUUCCAGGCGAAGAAGUAGAAAAUCAUCUCCUAGUGAUUCAGAGUCGUACAGCAAUACGGAGAGUGAAAGUGAAAGUGAAUCAGAGGAAGAAAGUAGGAGGAGAAGAAAGAAAUCGAAGAGUCGGAGGAGCAGGAAACAUAAGAAUAUCAAGAGUAGUAAGAAGAAGAAGAGUAGGUACAGUGAUACAGAGGAUAGUGAAGAAUGCGAGACAGAUGAUUCUGAUGUCAGUGACCAUGUCAAGUCAAGAAAAAGGAGUCGUUCAAAGAGGUCCAAGAAUAGUAGGAAGAGGAGAUAUAGUGAUUCAGAUGAGAGUGAGGAUAGUGAAGGCGAAAAGUUGAGGAAGCGGAAGAGCUCUUUGACUUCGUCGAAAUCCAGGAGCAAGAGAAAAAGACAGUCAGAAACGGAGAGUAAGAGUUGCUCUUCUGCUGAGGAGAAUUCUGGUUCUGAAGACAUUGAUGAUAAGAGUAAAUCAAUGGUUGAUGGAGAGAAAAUGGCCGAGAUUAAUGCUGCUGAAGCUCUAAAAAUAAAGGAAAUUUUGGAGGCACAAAAGAAACCUGCAUUUGAUAAUGAGAUGCCGGUUGGACCAAUGCCACUGCCAAGAGCUGAGGGCCAUAUUAGCUAUGGUGGUGCUCUUAGGCCUGGAGAAGGUGAUGCCAUUGCACAGUACGUUCAGCAAGGGAAACGUAUUCCACGGCGUGGUGAAGUGGGUCUUUCUGCUGAGGAAAUUCAGACCUUUGAGACGCUUGGUUAUGUGAUGAGCGGUAGCAGGCAUCAGAGAAUGAAUGCUAUCCGUAUUAGAAAAGAAAACCAAGUUUACAGUGCUGAAGAUAAGAGAGCUCUUGCAAUGUAUAACUAUGAAGAAAAAGCAAAACGGGAGCGGAAGGUGAUGGAUGAUCUUCAGCGGCUUGUUCAGCGCCACAUUGGUCAUGAUGUUGGCCCUUCACAUGAUCCUUUUGCUGCUUAACCUCAUUUGGCACCAUGUUGAAAUGAGAUGUGUAUGUAAUCUUUCUUAGUGUAUGAAGAACAUAUUCAUUCAUACAAGAAUAUAUGAAUUACUGCUAUGUUCUUUGACAUAUGUUGCAGAGAUCCCUUUUAUCUUAUUAAUCUUAUAAGGUUGUAUUUA